UGGCGGUUGAAAACAUCGAAAAGUGAUAAAUCUGCUCGAAUGGAACGCGUAAGGUAGGGAGACAAACGGAAGAUCACAAAUCGAGGGACCGAAAACAAACGGCGACGAGGAGUAUUGACCGGGAGGGAUGCGCGCCGGAGAUGCAAUUAUAGUUGUCUAGCUUGUACUUUUUAUUUCCUGUGGCCUUGUCGCAAGCAACUGAUGAAGAAGGGGAUAAGAUGCGUAAAGUUGCUGUUGGACUUUGUCGGAUAUGGAGUGGUUGAAUGUUUUAUUCGGCUUGCAGUCUUCAAAAACUGAGCUCCAUCAAAAGCUGGCCCAGGCUUUCUUCGUUGCUCACUGGCGCAGACCGCGUUUCCAGUGGGUCCUCACCGUGCGGGCAGGGCGCCUCACCUUGGUAAAGCCAAUCAUCCACCAGCGGGUGGGACCCACACGUCAGGAAGCCGAACCUCCAGCAACUCCAAGCAUCGCCAGAGCUCCAAAACACUCAUAGCUUCGCAGCCAAGUUAGGCCCGCCAACACCGUCAAGAUGGCAGCCAGAAAACCCACCUUCAACCAGCAGAUCCUCAUCGACCCGACGCCGCUGCCAGAUUCGAUCCCCAAAGUCAAGGAGGUCGGCGCCAGCUCUGCCCCUCUUCUCUCGGCUGCUUUCUUCAUCGGCGCGCGGUGCAAGGACUACAAUGAUGACUACAUGCAAUGCAAGACUGAGAACCCCGGAAAGGGCGAGUUUGAGUGCCUGAAGGAGGGGCGGCGGGUCACCAGAUGCGCCCGGAGCGUCAUCGAGGAUAUCAACAAGUCAUGCCUGGAGCAGUUCCGCGCCCACUGGACAUGUCUCGAGAACAACAACCAUCAGCUUUGGCAGUGCCGCCCCGAUGAGUGGAAGCUGAACAAGUGUGUUUUCGACAACCUGAAGCUCGAGAAGGUCAUUCCUGACCAGCCCAAGCAGUCAACACCCGUCCACCUCAGACAGAAGCAGAUCUAUGCCCACUCACCGGUCCCGGCGUGGGAGAAGCCAUUCAUUGCUGAGAAGUCCCAGUCCUCCUAAGCCUGGUGGAAUUCUGAGGGGCUUUCUGUCUGCGCUUGAAGGAUGUGGCGAGCUCUUCUUUCUUUACCUACCUGUCUCGUAUGGGGGAUAGAUGGAUGCACACGUCUGGGCUCUGUAUAUAGUAGAAACCCAACACACGACAGGAGGAAGGUGAAUCUGAAGUUUGUCCAGAG